CUCCCUCUCCUCGACUCCUCCUCGCCGGCUUUGGGAAAAUGUCGCUGCUGCUCCGCCGCCUCGCCGGCGCCGCAGCGGGCCGCCAUCUCCGCCGCGCGCUCUCCACGGCCGCGUCACGCCCUCCGUGGCGCAUGAUCCUAACCGAGGCGGAGCUGGACAGGUCAGGGGCGCCGUCGCGGAGCGCGCGGGCGUCCUUGGACCUCGUCGAGCCCCCGCGCUCCUCCCGCCUCUCCGUCCCCGCCCACUUCGUCAACCCCGGCCCCCUCCCGGACGCCGAAGGGGACGCCGUCGGCUUCGUCGGCUGGGUCAUCGGCGGCAGCGGCGACGGGCUCCUCCUCCUCAAGUUCUACGACACCCGCUACCACGCCCCCGUCGUCGCCAACGUCCGCCUCGCCGUGGCGCUCCAGCUGUCCAGGACGACGAGCGAGGGCGUCCUCGACCCGGACGUCGCGCACUUCGUCUGCAACCCGCUCAGCGGCCAGAUGUACCGCCUCCCGCCCGCCAUCGAGACCACCAAGUACAGCACGGGGCGCGGCCUCCUCACCCGAUCCGAGUCCCGGCACGGGCCGCCCGACAGGUACGUGGUCGCGGAGCUCACCAGGGGGGAGUCCGGGAGCAGCGUGCUGCGCCGGUUCAUGUCGGAGACCGAGGAGUGGGACGAUGUGGCGACGGUGCGGUCCUCCUCGGGCUCGGAGAGGGCGGCGGCGGCCGAGCGGGUGAUGCACCUGGACCACCAGGUGGUGGCCUUCGGCGGCCGGCUGUGGUGGGUGGACGUGAGCUGGGGCGCCCUCUCCGUCGACCCGUUCAGCGACCGGCCGGAGGAGCGCUUCGUCGAGCUGCCCAAGGGCAGCGUACUGCCGGACCUGACCGGAAUUGGGGGGAGACGGAUUCUUGGCUUGUAUCGGCGGAUGGGGGUCAGCGAGGGGAAGCUCCGGUACGUCGAGGUGUCCAAUGCGAAGAAGCCGUUCGUGGUCAGCGCAUUCUCGCUCGACGAUGAGGGCAGCAGCUGGACGCUGGAGCACAGGAUGGAGAUCACCCCAAGCUGGAAGGGUGAGCUCAAGGUGCCCGAGAAGCCGCGGAUCGGCGCCAUCGAUCCACUGAACGCCAACGUUGUGUACCUGAUAUUCCUCCACGAGGUUCUUGCCGUGGACAUGGCCAAGGGCGAGGUGAUUGGGAGGAGUUCUCCUGAUGACGUCAACUCUAGUUCAGUUGUGCCAUGCAUCCUACCACCGUGGCUCGAAUCAUGUCAGAUCCCCUCUGCAGCAACCCUUUCGAGCAAGAAGACUGAUGUUGAAAGAAAUACUCUGGCAGACACACUGGUUCGUGUGGAUAGAGGCAGUUAAAACUGAACUGCAUCAGUCGAUUCAUCUUUUGGUUCCUUGGGACUGACUGGAAGAGAUGUUCGAGAGAACUUGUUUAGAUGGUAGCAGUUUCCUGAAGUACCUGAACUCUCGUUUUUGGGGGAUGCUGUGAGAAGUUUGGGUUUUGAUGCGCAUUUGGACUUUGCUGGUCCAACUUGUUGAAUUUCGUUUUGGACAAACACCGGGGAAUGUUAACAUAUUUUCGUAUUUUUCCUUUUCUUCCAUACCUGUUGAAUGGUUAAGUAGAAUGAGUAUCUCCAAGUAGAAGCUGGGCAUGGUACUCCUAUGAACCCAAUGUUUGUUUUCAGGACACUUAUCUCUCAUAAGCAUUUAAACUAUCUUCGCUUGUAAGACGA